UUGUGGAUUUUAAUUUCCACAGCAGACAGCACAGGAAAAAGCAACAGAAAAAGAAAAGUAAGAAGAAAGAGAGCGCGCCUAAAGGCUCGCCAAAAAUGGCGACGACGAAGCGAAACGGUGGAACCACCAGGUCGGGGAGAACGAACCCAAGGGUUUGGCUAUACUCCGUUUUGCUCGCUUUUCAAUACGGAGCCCAGCCUCUCAUCUCCAAACGCUUCACCAGACGUGAAGUAAUCGUGACUACAUCUGUUUUGACAUGCGAGUUAGCUAAGGUUGUAUGUGCCCUAAUUCUCAUGGUAAGAGAUGGUAGUUUGAAGAAAGUGUUCAGCCAGUGGACUUUGGUUGGUUCGUUGACUGCAUCCGGACUUCCUGCAGCAAUUUAUGCACUGCAAAACAGCUUGCUGCAGAUAUCAUACAAGAAUCUUGAUUCACUCACAUUUUCAAUAUUGAACCAGACAAAAGUUGUGUUUCUUUUGUUUCAGAUCCCAGUUGUAGCCAAUGCUCUUGGUGGAAUUCUUGUUGGCCUUGUCACAAGCUAUGCUGGUGGUGUGAGAAAGGGGUUUGUCAUUGUUUCUGCACUUCUUGUAACGGCCUUGCUUCAGUUCAUGUUUGAAGGGAAACCACCUUCAGUGUACUGUCUUGUGGCUCUUCCACUCGUCAUGAGCAGCAUUUCGAUAUACCAGAAAUAUCCAUAUAGAGUUAAAAAGAAGGAAUCAUAAUCACAUUGACCACAAAAGGGAAUCAUUGAAGUAGCCCCAGUAGAUAAAGGUUUCUUCUGGUUUAAAAUUUAGGCAUCUCAACUAGUAGAUGGAGAAAGUACUGCUAUUUUAAAGAAGUUUCUUCAUAGCUACCAGAUAAGGAGACGAGGGCUCAAAGAAACACUGCUUUGUUUUUUCUUCCCCUCAAAAUUGUAUGCAGUCUUCAUUCGACAAAAUUCAAUACUGAUUUCUAGCAAAAGGAAGAGAACAGGGUACUGAUUUGUGAUCCCUUCUGACUAUGGAUGACUUGUGUUCUUUAGAAUCUUGUCAACAUGAAUAUUUUAUUGUUGCACGUUGUGAACCUGACACGAAUGGAUUUAAUGUUGAAAACAAAACCCAUGCAAGGGUGUUU